AUGUUCAAUAUUUCACAAAUGUCCAAAUCUCGACAGAUUAUACUUCCAACAUUGCUUCACACAAGCACCCACCUCGAAAAGCGAGGGCUACAUAGACAUAAAAAAUCUGAAUGCGGACAGCAGCGAAUGCAUUUCGAGAAUGCGUUGAAGAGAAAGUUGGCUCUUGUCACGUUUCGUGACACAGCGCGCUCGACCUCGACUUCGGUUAUUGCCACCGACCAGCUCAAAGCUGCGAACAUCGACGCCAGUGGGAGCCAUAGCCUCAAAAAAGGCUCCAAGUCAUCUCCCUUGAUUCCUCCCACGAUAUGGAAAUUAGGGGGCGUUAGUCUGAGUAAAGUCCUCAUUGCCCCAUUCUUACCCUUGACGCUGGUGAACAGCCUGAAGACUUGGUCGAGCACGGCGCUACCCGUCGUCGUUUUACGAAGUGUUCUUCACAAGUGA